AUUUUACUGUGCUUCAGUGGUUGACAAUCGAACAAGAUUAGAAUUUCAUGGUGAACGUCGCAUUUGGGAUGGACACUUCAUCAAGAAAACAAUAAAAGGAAACUCAGCUCUUUAUGUCUUUAUAGAAGAGGAGCAUCAACAGGAAGUUUUUGAACCUGAUUCUGGAGGAUCAGAGGUGGUGGAAGAUUUUGGAUAUGAGUCUUCUUUUAGAGAGCACCUGGGAGUGAAACGUUCAUUUGACCGGAUUGCAACAAUAGCAGAGUUGACAGGCAGUGUAAACCCAGUGACAAUGUCACUAUCAUCAAUGAAUAGUCCUGGUCAACCAAUCCAUGAAAAGCCACCUGAUGUUAUUUCUACACAUGAUGGUCCACCUGGAAACAAUACAAGUUAUUCAAAUUUGGUACCAGGGCAAGCUGAAAAAGGUUCUGAGAAAAGUGAUAUCGAGUUAUCAAAUGAAAGACCACUUAUGAGUGUGCAGCAAGAAACUCCGGCACCAAGUAAUACUAUACUUUUUCUGCAACAGCCUCUGGGAGGAAUCCCAAUUUUUAUGAUUCCUACUCCUGCUGGAGGGAUUACUGUUGCUCCUGCAGCACUAGGUGGAAACAAUGCCUUGAACACAGUACCUACUCAACAAAGUGUACAGAUGCCACUUUUGCCUGCCUCUAACAGUCCAGGGUUGCAAUCAGCACCACAAACCUCAACACUUACCCCUCAGCUCCAGAGCUUACAUAUUUCAAGUGCAUCUCAGCCAUCACAGAACAUUGUUACUACAGAGGCAUCCAUUCUGGGAAGUUCUGAGGCCUUCACAACUCUGGACACCUCUGAAUUAUCUCAGCUGGUCUCUCUGACAGGGCCAGAAGGUGACAGAUCUGAUUCAGUAGGGGAACAGCAGGAAACAGAAAAAUUCAAAUCUCCAGAUCAGGAACAGCCUAAUGUUGAGAAAACUGAUUCAUCCCAAGUUGCAGAGAAAGAAUCAGCAGGUGCAAUUGCUGUGUCUGGAGACCAAGGAAGUAGCGGACCUUUCACUUUACAAACUUCUGAAUCUGAGCCAUUAGAUGCCCUAGAUUCAGGAUUUGAAACAUUUGGAAAACCUGAAGAUAACAGUGUUCAGGACGCACAUUCAACUACAGCUGGUGCAGCUACGAGAGGGGACGUUUUUGCUAAAAAUGUGAUGUUGUUGAAGAAAGAAGAUUUGGUUCAAGGGAAUGGUAAAAUACUCAUGCCAACCACUAUUGAGAUGGCAAGAAUGAGAAAGACUGGACAGUACAAAAGACAGGUCCAAUUUUCCAAAAGCAUGUCAGAGGAGGCAGUGAGGAAAACAAUUCAAGAAGUAUUUCCUAUCUUACAUGGAAGGUUUUCUUGUGCAUCAAUCAGUAACCAGGAUAGUACUCUUCAAUUUCAUGGGUCACCUCGUGUAUGGGAUGGAAGGACAAUAAGAAGAAUCCUAAAAGGAAAUUCAGCCCUUUACGUAGUUAUGGAGGAGAUCCGGGCAGAGAGUGGUCUCUCACUUCUUAGUAUAGUCGCUGCUGCACAAAAGGCGCAAGAAAAUGUCAAGAAUACUUCAGGAUUCUCUCUCAGUGGGGGUCCUAUUGAGCAGGAACAAGGAGAUGUCGAGAUGGCCUUAGGUAUUUCAGAUACCCACCCAGAACAAGGUCCCUCUGCGCCACUGACGUUAGAAGAUUUAGGAUUCGAAGGAUCUGAAAAAUCUGAAGUAAGAAUCAUCCCAGAUGAAGGGCCUCUUGAGGGUGGAGGUCCAUUUAUCCUGGUUUUUGAGAAUGAUCUCCCACCUGAUGUAGAGUCUGGCCGAGCUUACUUUGGAGACAAGGUUGUUGACUUGACAAGAAUUAAUGGAUUUAACUUGACGGGUAAAAUUCCGGCAUCUGAUGUGCCUGGCCCUGUAAGAGUUAUAGUGCAAUCGAAUGGAAUAUUUUGUGGAGAGACUUAUUUCUCAUAUUACGAUCCUCUUCGUAAAGUACUGAGUCAACUGGUUGUCGAUCCAAAAUCAAUGAGCGAUUUUUUCCGCCAUUGUGCUGAUAGUAUGGCUGUUAAAAUGGGGAGAACUGAAAGACAAGAUUCACCGCAACCUUCGGCAGGAUCUUCACAACCGAACCAAGUGUCACGCUUGUUGGUUAAUACAGCAGCAAAAUCUGAUGUCCGACAGUUGGUUAAAAUGUUCUUCAACUCCCCUGCAGGAAGGGCAGUCUUUUUAGCCCACAAAGAAGAAAAGAUAUUGCCCGAGUCUGUGACCAAUUACAUCUUGGAAAUAUGCAAAAGAUUCUCUGAAGAAAUUAAGGCCAAUCAAGAGUUCUCCCAAACAGUCAAUCGGUUAGAACCUGUGAAAGCUGCUGAGGAAGAAGAAGGACGACUUCACGGCUAUUUAGGCGAUGUUGAUACAUCGUCUGACUCUGAAACUUCUGAUUCUGAUACCGAAGACAAGCCCCGAACGGCUUUCAACAAAGAUUUCGCUGAAAACUACCCAUUAGCGGUGGUUUACGACCCUAUUGGCAUUGAGCAAAACAAACAAACAAAGGAAGGAAGUGAAUUAUACCUUCUCAAAACCGGCUUGGACUUUUUAGGUGGUCAAGACCUUGACAGUCCGGAACCUGAGCCACGAUUCAGUGCACAGGAAAGAGGUAGGAAUGGUUUACUUGAAGUGAAUAAUCAGCAACCAGAUCCGCUGUUGGGUGAGAGAAACAUGAACUUUGAUCAGAAUUCAAUGGCUGACAAGAACAGGCGUGCUGAAGAAAUAAGCGAAGACGAAACAAGCGAUACAGGUGCAGUUCCUCUAUGAAAAUGAAACAGAUUAGAUUGUCAAUUCAAAAAACUUGUCAGUAACCUGCCAAGUGAAGAAAGUUUACGUGGUAAAUAGUUAAGCUUUGGAAAAUAUAACUUGGAAACAUUGUGAAAGCUCAUUCUCGCUCUUAAGAGCGACCUGAACGAAAGAGAGGAGAAAACUGGUAACAAGGCUUCUUGCGCUGACAAGUUCGACACCAGCUCUUCCUGAGAAGGAUGAAGCACUUCAAGUCUUCGGGAGGCUUGAUGCUCUCCACCAACACUGAGCUCGGGGAGGAUUUAAUUGAGCGCCAUUGAACGAAUUAAAAUGUUCAGAUAUUAAAUUAUUUGUAUCGAA